UGAGAGCUGUGGAUGCGGAGCGGAGAGGAGGGGGUGGUGUUAAGACAUUUGACUCUAUUUGGAGUUGUGUCGAUUGUAGAUGAUUUUUUUUCUUGCUCUUUUCUACUCCAGCAGAGCUGGUUGGCAGCAGGCUCCGUCCUCUCAGAGAGCCCGCACCAGGAUGGGUGCUCUCCCGGCAAUAGGGAUACUAUGGAUGGCUGUUUUCAUCUUUACGGGAAUAACAGGAGUUUGCGGUUCAAACGUCUGCACCUCGAGAGGGGCCAGCACAUGCAAGCAGUGUCUGGCUGUUCACCCCAGCUGUGCGUGGUGCUUCCAGGAGGACUUCGGCCAGGGAGUGGCCAGUUCCUCCCGUUGUGAUCUGAAGAGCAACCUGGUAGCAGCGGGCUGUACCCCAUCAGCUAUGGAGUCUCCGACCAGCAGACUGCAGGUGAUCGAGGACCGGCCCCUCAGCAACAAGGCAUCGGGGGCCACGCAAGACGUCACCCAGAUAAAGCCUCAGAAAUUACACAUCACCCUCAGGCCAGAUGAUGCUAAGCGCUUCACAGUGAAGGUGCGUCAGGUAGACGACUACCCUGUGGACCUUUACUACCUCAUGGAUCUCUCCUACUCCAUGAACGAUGACCUCUUCCGCCUGAGGACGCUGGGCAGGGGCCUAGCCGAGGCCAUGAAUCGCACUACCAGCAACCUCCGCAUGGGCUUUGGGGCUUUUGUGGACAAGCCGCUCUCGCCUUACAUGUUCAUCUCCCCCAAAGAGGCUGUGACAAACCCCUGCUACAGCAUCAACACCACCUGCCUGCCCCAGUUCGGUUACAAACACGUUCUGUCCCUGACGGAGGAGGUGGGCCGCUUCACAGAGGAAGUGAAGAAGCAGAUGGUGUCCAGGAACCGAGAUGCCCCAGAGGGAGGCUUUGAUGCCAUCAUCCAGGCUGCUGUGUGCAAGGAGCAGAUCGGUUGGCGCCCCGGUGCAUCUCACCUUCUGAUCUUCACCUCGGAUGCUAAGACUCACGUGGCUCUGGAUGGUCGCCUGGCUGGGAUCGUGCAGCCCAACGAUGGCCAGUGCCACCUCAACUCUGACAACAUGUACAGCAUGUCUACCAUCAUGGAUUACCCAUCUCUCGCUCUGAUCACAGAGAAGAUGUCGGAGAAUAACAUCAAUCUCAUCUUUGCUGUCACCAACCCGGUGGUUCCUCUGUACCAGAACUACAGUGAGCUGAUUCCUGGCACCACAGUAGGAACGUUGUCCAACGACUCAGGCAAUGUUAUUCAGCUCAUACUGAACGCCUACGCUAAAAUCCGCUCCAAGGUGGAGCUGGAACUUCAAGGCGUCCCGGAGGAGCUGUCCCUGUCUUUCAAUGCCACCUGUCUGAACGGAGAGGUCAUCCCCGGCCUCAAGUCCUGCUCUGGACUCAAGAUAGGAGACACGGUCUCUUUCAGUGUGGAGGCCAGAGCUCGCGGUUGCCCCAAACAGAAGAAGAAAACCUUCAUCAUUAAGCCUGUGGGCUUCAAGGACGCCCUCUCCAUCACCGUCACCUUUGAGUGUGACUGCAAGUGCCAGAACAAAGCCCAGCCCAACAGCCCCAAAUGCAACCACGGCAACGGUACCUACGAGUGCGGCAUCUGCCAGUGCCACCCGGGUCGCUUAGGGCCGCACUGCGAGUGUGCAGAGGGUGACUAUAACCCCACAGAGCAGGACCGCUGCAGUGGACCCUCAGGCUCUGGAGGACCUCAGUCUGCCAUCUGCAGCGGCCGUGGAGACUGUGUGUGUGGCCAGUGCGUGUGCCACAGCAGUGACUUCGGAAAAGUCUGGGGAAAGCUGUGUGAGUGUGACGACUUCAACUGUCUGCGCUACAAGGGGGAACUGUGCUCAGGUCAUGGCAUCUGUAACUGUGGCUUCUGCCAGUGUGCACCAGACUGGCAGGGUGAGAACUGUAACUGCUCCAGACGUACUGACACCUGUAUGUCCAACCUGGGUCUGCUGUGCAGCGGGAGGGGCCAGUGUGUGUGCGGGGCCUGUGAGUGCACCCAGCCCGGUGCUUACGGGGCCACGUGUGACAAAUGCCCAACCUGCCCUGACGCCUGCACCAUGAAGAAGGAGUGUGUGGAGUGCAAACACUUCAAGAGGGGGAAGCUGUUUGAGGACAACACCUGCUCUCGGAUCUGCAAGGAUGAGAUUGUGCUUGUGCCUGAAAUAGUGCUCCAUGACACAAAUGCUGUGAACUGCACUUACAAAGAUGAGGAUGAUUGCUUGGAGCGUUUCCAGUACUAUGAAGACGCCAGUGGCAAGUCUAUCUUGUAUGUCGCUGAAGAGCCAGACUGCCCCAAGGGUCCAGACAUUUUAGUGGUGCUUAUGUCUGUGGCAGGAGCCAUCUUAUUCCUCGGCUUGGCGACCCUGCUUAUCUGGAAACUGCUGGUCACCAUCCAUGACAGACGGGAGUUUGCAAAAUUUGAGGAAGAACGUGCUCGUGCCAAGUGGGACACGGGACACAAUCCUCUAUACAAAGGAGCUACAUCUACUUUCACAAACAUCACAUACAGAGGAAAAGACUGAUGCUACUGAACAAGGAUGAAGAGUAACAGACUUUUACCAACGUUUUUGGGAAGGCGCCAAAUCAUGUGCAGGCCUCUACUGUCACAAGACAAUAAUUAAUAAUUAUUUGUGUUUGUAAAUAUGUAGAAAUGAUUCUGAGGACACAUUUUUUCAGGGAUUUGUCAUAAACACCCCCUUUUAUUACACUGAUAAAUAUUGUUUUGAUUUUGUGUGGUCGACAAAAAACUCUUGUGUUGUGCAGGUUUACGCCUAUCCACAGUAUCCAGCCAUGUAUAUAGCUUUUAUUUUAUUAUUAUUGUUAUUAUUUUUCUCAUAUAUCACAAAGUCCAGAAAGAUUGUGCCUUUUAAACUUAAACGUCUCUAUUCAGUCGCCAAUAUUCUGGAUAACCCACAGACAUUGCUGUGGACGGAAAAAAAGUGUAGUAUCAAAAGAAAACUAUUGGCAGCAAAAUCUGUAGAUUAUUCAGAAUAUCUGGUCCAGAGGAACAUAAAACCAAAACGAUCCAGAUGAGUGGAUACCACUGAGGCUAAACAGGAAGAUAAACAAAAAGGGAUACGGGUGAACGAUUCCUUGAAGUCAGUGGAAGUACAAAAGGGCAAAUAAUGUUCUGCAAGACAAACUUUAUUUCCUGAUCACAUUGUUUGGAUUUCCUGUUAAUGGUUGUCGGAAGAACUGCAGCAAGAUAAACUGUCUUUAAUUCAGUCAAGUGUCAUGCUGGAGAUAUGAUGUGGUUUAGAGUAAACUGAUAAUUUACCAAGAACUGAAACCGUCUCUUGUGUGCACUCAGAGAUAAGUAUUUUCUCCCAUGUGUAUAGUUUUUCCACAGAAAAUACAAAUAUGUCUUUCUUUUGAGGGUAACUUUACCACCAUAGUCCAGUUUCUGGAGGUGAAACACAAAGUCUAUGAUAAAACAUAAAAAUAAACAAGGAGCUUUA